UUAAUACUGAAACCGAUAAGUGUGCGAAACAAUCGUAACUUCAGUAAACUUGACAGUUAACCUAACUGCUGAAAGAGCGCGAGUUUCAAAUGUUUACGACAACAAGAGUGAUGAUAUCACCGCGUGUUUUGUGUCUGUAGCCGUUUCGCGGGCACCGCCGAGUCGGCGAGUCGGGCAGGCGCGGAUCAAUAAGGCGCGCGCCGGGGAGGGCGAGCAGGGUGUGGCGUUGCAGUCUGGCGUCGUCCGGCGGCCGCUGCUCGACGCCGCCGCUGCUCCGCGCCGCCCGCGACGCGACACUCCGGCGUUCGCCCGCGCCGCGAACACUCGCGACCAUGCGCGGCGACCGCGCCGGCCGUGACACGCGUCACAACAAAGAUCACGAUAACUUAAAGUCAUCACUGAAAAAGGGCACUAAACCCAAAAAGCACAGGGUGGUUUUCGAUGAGAGCGCAAAUGAAUUUUUUGAGGCAGAUUAUAUUAUUGUCGUCCGAGACGAGUGCGGAUACUCGGACGAGGGAGAGAGCGAGGAAUGCUCGGGGUGCGGCGCGUGCGAGCGCUACCAGGAGCCGGAGCCGGGCGCGCUGAGCCCGCCGGAGGGGUACAAGGACAUGGGGCUGUUCAACCGCGACGGCACGCUGCGCGAGCAGGCCUGGUGGGAGGCGGGCGACGUGGUGCUGGUGGGCGAGCGCUCGGGCACGGUGUUCACGCCGCAGCACCUGCAGCUGCUGCGGCGGCUGCAGCGCGAGCGGAUGCUGCGCUCCGCCAUCUGUGCCGACUGCGACGCGCACGCCGCGCUGCACCAGCCGCUCGACAUGGAUUACAACUACGAGGAGGAGGACACCAGUGACGUAGACCGGGAACUAAGGCCGGUGGCCCGGCGGACGGCCAAGCACAUCGCGGCCGGCGAGGAGAGGCCCAGGAUCAACUCCAGUCAGCAGACCACACCCACUGAUGAAUGCCCUCCAGAUCUGUGCCUGGAAGAGGCUCAGACCGAGUUGUCAACAGCCCCGCAGACGAGCGAGGAAAGUGACACUGCUGAGAACGAAGGUCGGCUGUCGGCGGAGAGCUCGCCCAUGCGUCAGCGACGGGGCGGCAUCCUCAAGGGGGGCAGGCUAUGGAAAUCACUGGAUAACGACAAGGAACCUAACGAACAGCAGAAUGACGACCAGCGUUCGACGACCACGGCCAGCGACGAAGAUGGUUCCGUCACUCCGCGCUCGGUGCGCUUCGUCGAACGCCAGGAGCCUUCAGAGGAGGGCCCAGUCCAAACACCAGCGCCCAAGACCGAACCAGAACCGCCACAGACAACGGACAACGAAACCAGCACGCAAAAGGACUACAGCACUAAUACAGCACACAGAUUGGAAACGCCGCUUAUCCUUACGAUCAACACGCCAAAAACCAAUUCGGCGGUGCAGCAACUGUUCAAUAGCGGCAGGCCGCCGCCGCCUGCCAUCGAGCCGCAGCUCGUCACUUCAGAGACGCUCAGGGCGUGGGACGCGGGAGUGAGGCCCAAGGCGGAGGACGCGGCCGUGCGCCGCGUGGCCGAGAGGAACGCGCUGCGAUGCUCGCUCCUGCGCAGCGAGGCGCGGAAGAAACAACAGCCCAAGCAAGAGACAACGUCACUGGCAGAGCGCAUCAGGCUGCUGACUUGCGAUGUGGAAGACGAGCCGGAGGAGCAUCGGUCGUCGCCGGCUGGUUUGAGCAACACCGACAAGCUGUCGACAAGCAGCGACAAGUCGAGUGACAAGUCAUUCAACAGCGUCGACAAGAACAGCGAGAAGGCUUUUGGGAGCGCGUCGUCGAGCUCGUCGUCCUCGACGCUCUCGGCGCCGGUGCCCAACCGACAGCAGCCCCCGGAUCUAGGGGACAUGCAUCAAGAACUGCAAAAGCCAAGGUCAGAACCCAGACGGCAGUUCCUAUCGACCCUGGCACCUUUGACAGCGUGUGUGGGCAGCGCGGCGCACCACGAGGGCUUCUACUACGUGCCCCCUGGAGACAGGACCUCAGCUUCAUCAGCCACUAACCUCGACCUCCACGAGCACAACGAAAACCCUGCCCCAGAUGUCGUGGCAGGCACCCCUGGUGCUGGCGAUGGUGAUGAUGGUUUAGCAGCGUUUGCCCGGGCGAACGCGCCGCGAACGGAACGACUACGGCAGCGGUACGGACAAGAGUCGCAGCCCGCAAGCAGUGACGACGAACAUGAUGACUACGGUUUCCACCGCCGACCAGCUGUCCGGGGUAUCGCCAUCAAGCAACAGCUUGGAGCAUCAGACGACAUCCUGCAGCAGAUGCAGAACGAGCUCCAGCCUUCACCGGGCACGACGCCCGCGCAGAUGCCCGCGCAUGCGUGCCAGCGUACUAACUCCAGCUACUCCUGGCCGUACUAUUCGGAAGCCAACUUGAAUUCACGGCCGCAGAGCAGGGCCAGUGCCACAUCCAAUUGGUCCACGAAAUCAUCAGACUACGUGACAGCCCGCCAGUGUGCCACCCCCGUGCCGCAGCAGCUACACAGCGAGGGUUGCUACGCGCACUCGCAGAAUGUGGCCACCUAUGUGCACUACGCGCACACCCAACAUCGGCACCAAGACCCAAUGUAUAGGAACUGCUCGCUUUACGCCAAUAUUGGCUGUUCUGACAGCAGUCAAGAGCUAUACAGCUCGCAGACCAGCUCCGAGCAGACGUCGCCGGUACGCGCGGCGCCGCGGUGCCGGCGGCCGGAGUCGCCUCCCCCGAUACGGAAUCACCACCAGCUCCUCUACGUGCCGUACAGUCAACACUACCACUACCAGCACCACGAUUAUGGCGCGCACUGGACCGCCAAUGACUACAGCCGCAUGCACUCGUACUACCAGCAGGCCAGCCGCGGCGCCACAAGCACGCCGCAGCCCGCGGCCGCACAGCCGCAAAGGGCGCAAUAUACCCACGCUCUACAGAUACAGAACCUGUGCCCUGCACCAGCUAGAUACAGACCAGUGCCGGCACCUCCUCCGGGCGGCGGCAAACAAAUGAUCUGUUAUUCGGAAAAAGUAAGUCAAUACUGA